AUGCCAUUCUCGAGAACGAGGACUGGUUGCUAUACCUGUAGAGAGGAUGGCUAUAAGUGUGAUGAGCAGAAGCCGUUUUGCGGGAGAUGUAUUCGACUCCAGAAGACGUGCAAAGGAUAUGAAGUCAGACUUAAAUGGCAGCCCCUUCAGAGGUUACCAAAAUUGAAGCGAGCCAGAAACACACGGCAGCAGAAGGAAUAUUCAACCGAUAAGACUGUCCCGACAUCAUCUAGUGAGUCUACGGGUCCAAUAGUAAGAUAUGAUCCAUCACGCAUUAUACCGAAUGAUGUUCAUCCGGUAAAUCGUUAUCUCCUUAAUCAUUGGUCAACAACGCUGGUCACGAUAGUAUCCAUGGUAUCGACCUCUCAAAACCCAUUUCUUGUUCACUUAACUCCAAUGAUAUCAAAUUCAAUAGCUCUACGUUCUGUCUUAUGCUCAAUCGCAGCUUGCCAUUUGGCGAUACUAAGGAACGAGAAUUCAUUUCAUACCUUGGCGACUCAGUAUCGGCUCGUUGCUGUCUCCGCCCUGCGGCAAACGAUUCAGACUGAAAACCCAGAGCUGUCGCUCGCCACCAUUCUAAUGCUCCAAGUCUCUGAUAGACUCUUCACCGUGGAUUCAGGGGUUGAUCAUCUAUCCGGGGCGAAAGCUAUCAUUAACCAGGCUGGGAUCAGUAAAUGGAACAGCUCAAGGGCUUCGUUCCUCCUCAGUCUUUGUUCCUAUCACGACAUAUUAGCCUCCGUUUCUCGGGGGAAAAGUCCCGUUUUUGAAUUUGAUGGAGAGUUUCCGAUCGAGGGUAUGGAGUCUAUGAAGGGGCUCACUUCCGUAUUACGGAUAGUUGGGCAGAUUAGUAGGAUGCGGGACCAGGACGCGAAACACCUUGAUGCGUGGGGUUGCGUCAUUGAAGGGAUUCUCAAUUCACUGCACCAGUCUGAUGGCACGAUGGGAGACGUGGAACAUACCGUACAGGCAUACAGAUAUGCUGCGUACAUCUAUCUAUACCGGGUCUGGCAUAACAAGGGCGCACCAGAUCCAUCCGCGUUGAAGUAUACUCGAAGCUGCCUGGCUCACCUUAACCUUGUUGCGGUUGGCUCACCUCUCGUAUCGGCCCAGGUUUGGCCACUCUGGACUGCCGGCUGCGAAUCCAUCGACGUUGAUCAGCGUCAAUUUGUACGAGACAGGAUUGAUGCUAUGUAUGAAGCUCGCCACCUCCCCUCGCUCCGAAGGAUUAAACAGGACAUUGAGGAUGUCUGGAAUAUUAAAGACGAGCAACGAAACUUGAUCGGAGUCGAUAACGUAGACUGCAUCAAAGCUAUAUUACGAAGUCGACAGAGAGAGGCCGACCUUACUUAA